CAGACCUGGCCAACAGCUCCAGUAACCAGAGCUGUGUGAGAAGAAAAGGCCAAGCCCCUGGGGCAGCCGCACCCCAAACAGAGGUGAGGUCUCCGGUGAGUCAUGCCCGUGAGGGUUCACUUACCUGUCCUAUGGGCCACUGCUCACCUUGGACCCACUCAGCCCCUGGCGGUCCUCCUCUUUUGGCCUUUGCCUACAGUGUUCUUCAUCCCUCCCAACAGGUGUCCUGGAGCUUGGACACCUGUCCCCCACCCCCACCUGGGCUUCCAGAGACUGAGAUGUGCGCAGGGCUCUGGGUGGGGCCUUCAGGCUCCCCAGCUUCUCCCUUCCAGCCCAAGAUCCUCUCAGAUUCCCAGAGAUGGGCUCUAGCCAGGGAGGGUGGGGCUGCCCCUGGGACCAUCGGGAGUCACGGGCUGCCUGGGCAGGGACAGAGCCCUGCAGGAAGCAGCUCUUCACUCGGCUCUGCCUCCACUGACUCCAGCCCCAUGGCCCAGCACCUGCUCCUCCCCCUUGUGAUGCUUGGCAUCAGUCCCAUCCCAGGAGCCUUCCAGGACUCAGGUAAGGCAGCUGGACUGGGGGAAAGUCACAUGCAGAGGCAGAAAAGACAGGAGGACUGGCACAAAUGCUGGCAGGGGGUGCUAAAUGGACAGGGAAUUGGGAAGAUAGGGUCGGACUUGGAAAGCAGGAAGUGGGGCUGGGCAGUGCAGGCCUGGAAGUCACAAGUGUCCUCCUCUCUUUACUCUCUGGCUCCAGCUCUCAGUCCUACCCAGGAAGAACCUGAAGAUCUGGACUGCGGGCGCCCUGAGCCCUCGGCCCGCAUCGUGGGGGGCUCAGAUGCGCAGCUGGGCACCUGGCCUUGGCAGGUGAGCCUGCACCAUGGGGGCAGCCACAUCUGCGGGGGCUCCCUCAUCGCCCCCUCCUGGGUCCUCUCCGCUGCUCACUGCUUCAUAACGAACGGGACGCUGGAGCCGGCGGCCGAGUGGUCGGUACUGCUGGGCGUGCACUCCCAGGACGGGCCCCUGGACGGCGCGCACGCCCGAGCAGUGGCAGCCAUCGUGGUGCCGGCCAACUACAGCCAAGUGGAGCUGGGCGCCGACCUGGCCCUGCUGCGCCUGGCCUCACCCGCCAGUCUGGGCCCCGCCGUGCGGCCCGUCUGCCUGCCCCGCGCCUCACACCGCUUCGUGCACGGCACCGCCUGCUGGGCCACAGGCUGGGGAGACGUCCAGGAGGCAGAUCCUCUGCCUCUCCCCUGGGUGCUACAGGAAGUGGAGCUAAGGCUGCUGGGCAAGGCUGCCUGUCAGUGUCUCUACAGCCGGCCCGGUCCCUUCAACCUCACUCUCCAGCUAUUGCCAGGGAUGCUGUGUGCUGGUUACCCGGAGGGCCGCAGGGACACUUGCCAGGGUGACUCUGGGGGGCCCCUGGUCUGUGAGGAAGGCGGCCGCUGGUUCCAGGCAGGAAUCACCAGCUUUGGCUUUGGCUGUGGACGGAGAAACCGCCCUGGAGUUUUCACUGCCGUGGCUUCCUAUGAGGCAUGGAUACGGGAACAGGUUAUGGGUUCAGAGCCUGGACCUGCCUUUCCCAUCCAGCCCCAGAAGCCCCAGUCAGAUCCCCAGGAGCUCAGGGAGGAGAACUGCACCAUUGCCCUGCCUGAGUGCGGGAAGGCCCCACGGCCAGGGGCCUGGCCCUGGGAGGCCCAGGUGAUGGUGCCAGGAUCCAGACCCUGCUAUGGAACGCUGGUGUCUGAAAGUUGGGUCUUGGCACCUGCCAGCUGCUUUCUGGACCGAAGCAGCUUGGACGGCCCGCCCCGCGACCUCGACACCUGGCGAGUGCUGCUGCCCUCGCGCUCGCGCGCAGAGCGGGUGGCGCGCCUGGUGCCCCACGAGAACGCCACGUGGGACGACGCCUCCGACCUGGCGCUGCUGCAGCUGGGCGCACCCGUGAACCUGAGCGUGGCCCCGCGGCCCGUGUGCCUACCCCACCUGGAACACUACUUCCUGCCCGGGAGCCGCUGCCGCCUGGCCCGCUGGGGCCGCGGGGAACCCGCGCCUGGCCCAAGCGCGCUGCUGGAGGCGGAGUUGUUAGGCGGGUGGUGGUGCCACUGCCUGUACGGCCGCCAGGGGGCGGCAGUGCCGCUGCCGGGAGACCCGCCGCACGCGCUAUGCCCUGCCUACCGGGAGGAGGAGGAAGCGGGCCGCUGCUGGAAUGACUCGUCUUGGAGCCUUUUGUGCCAGGAGGAGGGGACCUGGUUUCUGGCUGGAAUUAGAGACUUCCCCAGUAGCUGUCUACGUCCCCGAGCCUUCUUCCCUCUGCAGACCCAUGGCCCAUGGAUCAGUCAUGUGACUCGAGGAGCCUACCUGGAGGACCAGCUUGCCUGGGACUGGGGCCCUGAUGGGGAAGAGACUGAGACACAGACUUGUCCCCCUCACACAGAGUAUGGUGCCUGUGGCCUGCGGCCGGAGGCUGCUUCAAUGGGGGUCCUGUGGCCCUGGCUAGCAGAGGUGCAUGUGGCUGGUGAUCGAGUCUGCACUGGGAUUCUCCUGGCUCCAGCCUGGGUCCUGGUAGCCACUCACUGUGUCCUCAGGCCAGGCUCUACAACAGUGCCUUACAUUGAAGUGUAUCCGGGCCGGGCAGGGGCCAGCCCCCUCCCACAGGGCCACCAGGUAUCCCGCUUUGUCAUCAGCAUCCGGCUGCCCCGGCACCUGGGACUCAGGCCCCCGCUGGCCCUCCUUGAGCUGAGCUCCCGGGUGGAGCCAUCCCCAUCAGCCCUGCCCAUCUGUCUCCACCCGGCUGGUGUCCCCCCAGGAGCUAGCUGCUGGGUGUUGGGCUGGAAAGACCCCCGGGACCGAGUCCCUGUGGCUGCUGCUGUCUCCAUCUUGACACCACGAAUCUGCCACUGUCUCUAUCAGGGCAUCCUGUCCCCUGGAACCCUCUGUGUCCUGUAUGCAGAGGGACAGGAGGACAGGUGUGAGAUGAGCUCAGCACCGCCCCUCCUGUGCCAGACGAUGGAAGGCUCCUGGGUCCUCGUGGGCGUGGCUGUUCAAGGAAGCCGGGAGCUAUUUGCCGCCAUUGGCCCUGAAGAGGCCUGGAUCUCCCAGACAGUGGGAGAGGCCCACUUCCUGCCCCUCAGUGGCUCCCCACACUGGCCCACUGGAGACAGCAACCUCUGCCCCCCACAACUGGCCAGGGCCUCGGGCUCCCCGCACGCAGUCCGCUUCCUGCUGUUGCUGACUCUCCUGAUCCAGAGCUGAGGGGCUGGGGUUCCAGCGCCACUUACCCCUUCUCCACCCUCUACUUCCCGCCCGGUGGGGCUGGAAUGUGGCCCAGCCGGCUGGCACCUCGAGGGCCCCACCCACCUAGAUUGCAGCGGCUCUGGCUAAUUGGGCCUCAGUGCCUGGGCUAUUUUGAGCCCAGGAAUCCUUGGGGGUGGUGGGAGGAGUGGACAAUAAAGGUGUAAACACAG